AAACGGGACCGAGAUUGUAUUGCGUAUUUUAAUGGGCCUGGCCCAUAUCAGAACCUUAUCUGAGUGAAUAAGAAGAAGAGAUGAUGAAUAAAAUUUAAAUGGAACCCAGCAGAGUCGUCGUAAUGAAGGAAUUUGAUUGAACCCUCCAUGGCGGCUGUAUCAUCAUCAUCUACGGGCGGGCUGCGAUUGAAGAGAGCAAAACAAAAGAUAUGCAGUUUAAAUAAUUAACAACAAAUGAGGCUAUUGAGCAAAAAUGUCCCCGUCUCUUCUUCUAAAAUCAUCAUGUACUCUGCUUCGGCGAUUUCGAAUCCCACGUUUCUUCCCCAUGCUAAUCUUCCGACAUGCCGUCCCCGAUUUCGGACAAACCCAGCUCCUCUCAGUUACCCCGUAAAGCCCGCCCAACUCGUCUCUUCUCUGAACCUCUCUUGUUUCGAUGGUGGCCUGUACGAAGCUCUUCGACGGCUGGACGACGACCCUUCAAUGGAAGCCUAUGCCUCCGUUCUUGAGCUCUGUGGCAAAUUCGGAGCUCUCUCUCAAGGCCGGCAGCUGCAUUCCCGCAUUUUCAAGACUUUCCCCGCUUUUGAAUUGGCCGGUAAGCUUGUGUUUAUGUACGGCAAGUGUCGCUCUGUGGAUGACGCAGAGAAAGUGUUCGACGAAAUGCCUCACAAAACUCCCUUUGCAUGGAAUGCGAUGAUUGGAGCCUAUCUUUCCAAUGAUGAACCUGCGUCUGCUCUUUCUCUCUACCGCCAUAUCCGCCUCCAGGGCGUUCCUCUCCAUCUCUACUCUUUUCCUCUCUUGCUUAAAGCCUGCGGCAACCUUAGAGAUUCCCGGAGUGGCACUGAGCUUCAUUCUCUGCUCGUUAAACUUGGAUACAGUUCUACUGAUUUUGUUGUCAAUGCGUUGCUUUCCAUGUAUGCUAAGAAUGAUGACCUAAGCGCUGCAAGGCGUCUGUUUCAUGGAUCCCAAGAUAAAGGAGACGCUGUUCUGUGGAAUUCUAUCAUGUCUUCGUUUUCCUCGUCUGGCCAAUCUUCCGAGACUUUAGAGCUUUUCAGAGAAAUGCAGAUCAUUGGUCCUGCCCCCAACAGCUACACUUUUGUUUCGGCUCUCACAGCCUGUCAAGGUCUUUCAUAUGCAUACACAGGCAAAGAGAUCCACGCUGCUGUCCUGAAAUCAAAUCUUUCUACUGAACUAUAUGUUUGCAACGCCUUGAUUGCAAUGUAUACCAGGUGUGGUAAAAUGCUCGAGGCAGGAAGGAUUCUUCGUCACAUGGACAACGCUGACGUUGUGACAUUGAAUUCUCUGAUUAAGGGAUAUGUUCACAAUUUCAUGUGCAAGGAGGCAUUAGGAUUCUUUUGUGAUAUGAUCGCUGCUGGCCACAAGCCCGACGAGGUUUCGAUGACCAGUGUCAUUGCAGCGUCAGGAAGAUUAAGCAAUCUGUUGGCAGGAAUGGAAUUGCAUGCUUACGUCAUUAAACAUGGCUGGAAUUCUAAUUUGCAGGUUGGAAACACGUUGAUAGAUAUGUACUCAAAAUGCAACCGCACAUGUUAUAUGGGCCGCGUGUUUCUUAGGAUGCAUGAAAAAGAUCUUAUUUCAUGGACUACAGUCAUUGCUGGUUAUGCCCAGAAUGAUUGCCAUGUAGAAGCCUUACAACUCUUUCGGAAUGUUGCUAAGCAAAGGAUGGAAAUUGAUGAAUUGAUGCUGGGAAGCAUCCUCCGAGCUUGUAGUUUGCUGAAAUCUGAGCUCAUUGUCAAAGAGAUUCAUUGUCACAUCUUGAGAAAAGGUUUACUUGAUACUGUGAUACAGAAUGAGUUGGUAGAUGUUUACGGAAAAUGCAGGAACAUGGGCUAUGCUACUCGAAUAUUUGAAUCAAUUAAAGGUAAAGAUGUUGUCUCUUGGACUAGCAUGAUUUCGUCUAGUGCUCUAAAUGGUAACGAAAACAAGGCUGUUGAAAUCUUUCGACGCAUGGUUGAAACUGGUUUGUCAGCUGAUUCUGUAGCAUUGUUGUGUAUACUGUCCACUGCAGCAAGUUUAUCUGCCCUCAAGAAAGGUAGAGAAAUACAUGGCUACUUACUCCGCAAGGGUUUUUUCCUAGAGGAGUCCAUUGCAGUUGCAGUUGUUGAUAUGUAUGCUUGCUGUGGAGAUUUACAGAGUGCAAAGGUUGUAUUUGAUGGGAUAGAGAGGAAAGGUUUACUGCAAUUCACAAGUAUGAUCAAUGCAUAUGGGAUGCACGGCUGUGGAAAAGCAUCUGUUGAGUUGUUCAAUAAAAUGAGGCAUGAAAACAUCUCGCCCGAUCACAUUUCAUUUCUGGCUCUUCUUCAUGCGUGCAGCCAUGCAGGUCUGCUUGAAGAGGGUAGAGGGUUUCUCAAGCUCAUGGACCAUGAAUAUAAACUGGAACCAUGGCCUGAACAUUACGUGUGUCUGGUUGACAUGCUGGGUCGUGCAAAUUGUGUAGUGGAAGCCUUUGAAUUCGUUAAAAUGAUGAAGACAGAACCGACCACAGAAGUGUGGUGUGCACUCCUUGCCGCAUGCCGAUCUCAUUCAGAGAAAGAAAUUGGGGCGAUAGCAGCUCAGAGGCUCCUUGAGCUAGAACCUAAGAAUCCGGGAAAUCUUGUGCUUAUAUCUAAUGUCUUUGCUGAACAAGGAAGAUGGGACGAUGUAGAAAAAGUGAGGGCAAAAAUGAAAGCAAGCGGAUUGGAGAAACACCCUGGAUGUAGUUGGAUUGAGAUAGAUGGCAAGGUUCAUAAAUUUACAGCAAGAGAUAAGUCUCACCCAGAGACCAAAGAGAUAUAUGAGAAAUUGUCGGAGGUUACUAGGAAGUUGGAGAAGGAAGCAGGUUAUUUAGCCGAUACAAAGUUUGUUCUGCAUAAUGUAGAUGAAGGGGAGAAGGUUCAGAUGCUGCAUGGACACAGUGAGAGGCUAGCAAUUGCUUUUGGUCUGCUCAGAACACCUGAUAGAGCCUGUCUUCGGAUCACCAAAAAUUUACGUGUCUGUAGAGAUUGCCAUAUUUUUUGUAAGCUGGUCUCUGAGUUAUUCAGACGAGAUAUUGUGAUGAGGGACGCCAAUAGAUUUCAUCAUUUUGAAAGUGGACUGUGUUCUUGCGGAGAUUUUUGGUGACCAAAACUUGCCAAAGCAUAUAUUCAUCAGUCCAGACGAAGAUUAUUAUGUAACUUAGCUUCACAUAGCUUCAUAAGGUUUGCAUAUGGUUAUUUGCCUGUGUCCCACCAAGAACAACAAGAAGUCGUCAUUUGAGGAGUAUAAUGACCUCCUUUGUAUUGCACCAUAGAAGGGAAAGAGAGCGAUUGCAAAAAAAAACCAUAGAAGGGAAAGAGAGAAUUGCAAGGGAAUUCAAACUUUCAAUGUAACAGGGAAGAUGGAGACCUGAUUAAGAGGAAAAAAGUAAAGGCAUAUCAGUAAUUAAAAGCAGGAAGCAGAGACCUAGACACCAAGCCAGGGAUAGAGUCGUCUAACUAGGCUGUUCAGCAGAGACCUAGAGGAAACAUAGGAGGGUGGUUGAUGCAAAACCUAAAGAUGAGGUCUUUUAGAUACGCGGAGUCAAACUAAGCAUGGACCUUGGUGAAGCUUCUUGACGGUCUAGAUUUAAAAUCAGGUACGACACUGUGUACGCGAGAAAGAGGGAGAGAGAUAUAUUCGAGAAAGAAAGAGAUGUAUCACAAUAAAGGAGUAUAUUUAGGGUCACAGGUGGUGGAGAUAUAGGUAUGCAGGGCCGAGGCGCUAAUCUCUUCAUAGCCCUAUUGAUUUUGUCUCUCGCUCUCUCUCUCUCUUUCUUCCUCUCUUAGCUGUAUGCAUUAUGAUGCUUCUUUUAAUUCACUGUUUAAGGCUUCUUUAAUUCGUGGUGUCUCUCUCCUUUUUACCCAA